AUGAAUGCCAUUUCCAUUUUGCUUCAAUGCCUGGCGCUACUCUCCUGUUCGUUUGCUGGUACGAUUAAUCUUAAACAUCUACUGCAGCAUCACGAUCAAGUGCAGCCAUUCGCUCAACCAAAGCCAGCCACGAUAUCUGAAAAGGCUGCUGUCAAGUACAGGCCACAACUUCAUGUUUUGGAUGGCUGUGCUUCAUUUCCUGCCGUGAAUGCUGCUGGUGACAUCACAGGUGGGCUCAAACCAACAAAAGGGACUGACGGUUGCACGGAAGCUCCUCUGGGGUCUCAAAUGUACGGCCGAUCGAAGUGGUAUCAAGACAGGUGGGCCAUGAUGUUCGCGUGGUACUUCCCCAAAGGUUUUAUUACAGGCCAACCCCGGAUCCGUCACUACUGGAUGAAUAUGGUCCUGUGGCUCGACAAUCCAGCAUUGGAGACACCGACGAUUCUUGGGGCGUCGUUGUCGCAACGACUUCUAAAGCCGCGAAGAUGGAUGGGGCUAAAGCUGACGGAAGAGAAAGAUCCAUAUCGGAAGUUCACCACCAUUCCUCCAAUUGGCUUUGUGGGCACUAAAGAAAUUCGACAGAACAGACUCACCAGAACGAGAUGGAACUUUACCUAUGAGGGCGGCUCCAACAUAUCUACCCGCGUUUUUACGGUAAUUGACUCGAAGGACUGGCUGCCGCUUACAUUUUCCUACUAUGAUGGCCAAUACCACGAUCUCAUCAUGUGGGAUCAACUAACGGACGAAGCGCGCGCAGCUCUCAAUUCGGCGGAUUUUGGGGAGUCCAAGGUUCCUUUUAACGACGAAAAUUUCGAAGCUUUACUUUCCCUUGCGUGGCCGUUUUAG